AUGCUACAGGCGGGGUCUCAGAAAGGGGGGCCCGUGAGCUCGAGGCCUGGCGGCCGCCCCCUGGCGAGAUACACGGCGGGAGCGCGUCCAGGGCCCAGACGGCGGUUGCAAGUCCUGUGCGGCGAGUCGCGCAUCGGGAAGAAACCCGUGCCCAUUCCGAGCAGCGUUUCGUACACACUGGAGGGAAACUUCCUGAAGGUCAAGGGCCCCAAGGGAGAACUAGAGCGAACGUUCUCCAACCAUGUGGGGGUGACAGAACAAGAGGGAAGCUUGGUAUUUACACGCAAGGACGAUAGCCGGAAAGGAAAGGCAAUGCACGGUCUUGCAAGGGCCUUGUGCAACAACAUGGUUGUCGGGGUGUCUGAGGGCUUUGAGAUUAAGCUGCAAAUGAUCGGUGUUGGCUACCGUGCCUCAACCCAGGGACAAACGGUGACCCUCAAUGUUGGGUACUGCCACCCUGUGGUUUUGGAUGUGCCAGAGGGGGUGAAGGUUCAGGUUGAAAAGAACACAAACCUCACAGUCUCCGGAUACAACAAGGAGAUUGUUGGGAAUUUUGCUGCUGUCAUGCGAUCCAAGCGACCCCCUGAGCCAUACAAGGGCAAGGGCAUCCGGUAUCUUGGUGAGGAGGUGCGUAUGAAGGAAGGCAAGAAAGGGAAGUGA